UAAUCUUUUUCUUUUGUAUAUCUAAUUAUCUACCUAUAUAUAUAUCUGUUGAUUUGUUUUUCAUAAUUAACAGAUCUAUAUGUGUAUAUACAUAUAGCAAUUAGUUAAAUUCAAAUUGGAACGAAAUUUUAGUAUAUUGUUAAUUAGCUCAAGAAAUGAAUACUAGCAGUUGCAUUAGUAUUUCAACCAUGAAACCAUGUUGUAGAAUCCUCAGCAGUUGUAAAGGUUCAUCCUUUAUUGGGAAAUGUAAUCAUUUUAUUAAUGAUAAUUUGUCGAAUCCGCACUGCAAAUUAGAUGAUAUACAUACGGUUUCUGAUUAUGCUACUAGGGCUAUAGGGAUUAUUGGUUCGAAUCGGAGUUUUUUUUGUGGAUCUGAUUCGAAUUGGAGGCAUUUUAGGUUGAAUAAGGAAACUAGGUGCUACUCUGUCGAUGCAAAUGUUGCAUCUGAUGGAAGGAAUUUUUCAACUUCGAUUGAAGCUCAAGUUAAUGAGAAGAGGUUCAAUAAGUUUUACAUACAGGGGUGCUUAAAUGUGAAGCCUUUAGUCAUUGACAGAAUAGAAUCAGGUAAAGAUGUAGCUAAAGUAGAAGAAGAAAUUAGGACAGAUAUAAAUAAUGGAUCAGGUGUAUAUGUAAAGCAUCCUGAUAAUUAUUUAAAUGGGGAGUGUGUUUCUGAAUCACCCCAUGAGAAAGAGUUAUCUGAAGUGGAAAAGGAGGCAUGGAAUUUACUUAGGGGAGCAGUUGUUAACUAUUGUGGCUUCCCCGUUGGGACUGGGGCAGCUAAUGAUCCAGCUGAUAAGCAGCCGCUUAACUACGAUCAAGUGUUUAUACGCGAUUUUGUCCCAUCAGCUCUUGCUUUUUUGCUGAAUGGAGAGGGGGAGAUUGUCAAGAAUUUUCUGCUCCACACUCUGCAACUGCAGAGCUGGGAGAAAACCGUGGACUGCUAUAACCCUGGAGAAGGAUUGAUGCCCGCAAGUUUUAAAGUCAGAACUGUGCCUCUUGAUGGAAGGAAUGGUGAAUUUGAAGAUAUGCUGGACCCAGACUUUGGUGAAUCCGCAAUUGGACGUGUUGCACCUGUUGAUUCUGGGUUGUGGUGGGUUAUCUUAUUGAGAGCUUAUGGAAGGAUUACAGGGGACUAUAAUUUGCAAGAGAGGGUGGAUGUGCAGACAGGCAUUUGCCUGAUACUUAACCUGUGCUUAAGUGAUGGUUUUGACUUGUUUCCUACUCUCUUGGUCACUGAUGGGUCAUGCAUGAUUGAUAGGCGGAUGGGCAUUCAUGGGCAUCCACUUGAGAUCCAAGCCCUAUUUUAUUCAGCUUUACGAAGCUCCCGUGAGAUGCUCAGCAUCAACGACUCCACAAAAAGUCUUGUUUCUGCCAUCAACAACCGUCUCAGUGCACUUUCUUUUCACAUGAGGGACUACUAUUGGUUGGACAGGAAAAAGAUUAAUGAGAUAUAUCGCUAUAAAACAGAAGAAUAUUCUACAGAUGCCAUCAACAAGUUCAAUAUCUACCCAGAUCAAAUUCCAUCUUGGCUUGUGGAUUGGAUUCCAGAGAUUGGUGGAUAUCUUGUUGGCAAUUUACAACCUGCACAUAUGGAUUUUCGUUUUUUCACUCAUGGAAAUAUUUGGACCAUUAUUUCAUCACUAGGAUCUCAUGAACAGAAUGAAUCUAUUUUGAAUUUGAUUGAAGACAAAUGGGAUGACCUCAUGGGGAAAAUGCCUCUAAAGAUUUGUUACCCAGCUUUAGAACAUGAAGAAUGGCGCAUUAUCACUGGCAGUGACCCUAAGAAUACCCCCUGGUCAUAUCAUAAUGGUGGUUCAUGGCCUACUCUACUGUGGCAGUUUACCCUUGCUUGUAUUAAAAUGGGAAGACCAGAACUAGCUCAAAAAGCGGUGGAUUUGGCUGAAAAGAGACUUUCAGCUGACCACUGGCCUGAAUAUUAUGAUACAAGGCAUGGAAGAUUCAUUGGCAAGCAAGCUCGAUUGUGUCAGACUUGGACAAUUGCUGGAUACUUGACCUCAAAGAUGCUGUUGCAAAAUCCAGAUAUGGCAUCCAAAUUAUUCUGGAACGAGGAUUAUGAACUCCUUGAGAAUUGUGUUUGUGCACUAAGACCAAAUGGUCGUAGGAAAUGUUCACGCUCUGCUGCCAGAUCUCAAGUAGGUCUCUAAAUGUGUUCCCAUUUCUGCAAUUCCAUGUUUUUACCAUCAAAAUGAAGAGAUUUUCUUGUUAGAAAUUAACCUUUUCUGAUUUAACAGACAGUUUGUGUUCUCUGUGCAAAAUAAAUUGCCAAAGCUUGUGUUGUAGUAUAUCAUUGUACCUUUCAAUUAAAUCAUAAACGUGACACUGAUUGGUGCCAUUCAUUAAUAAAUGUUCUGAUUUUGAAUCUAAA